UUUAUUAAAAAAAAGAAAAAAAGUCAGUGACGGCGGCCACCGAAAUCCCCCUAGACGAUAACCAGCCAAGACUCUUUCUGCAUUUUUUUUUUUUAUUCUCUCCCGUCUCUCAAUCCCAUCGAAUUGUCGUCUUCACACCUCAACUAGCCUUGAAGCUCUCCUAUUUAACAAGAAUCAAUCCGGAUUUCCUAAUUUAAACAUUCCUCUCGUGGAAGUAAAAAAGGGGUAAAGGUACUGGUUCUCUUCCCGUAAAAAGGAAAGAAAACAGAGAAAAUGGCCUCUCGAUCAUGUUUAGGGUUUCAAAAUCAUCUUAUUUCUUGAUUCUCCGAGCUCAAUAUUUAAAUUUCUUCCAUGGGCAUCUUUCCAAAUGCUAUAACAACUCUUGAAUCGUUAGUCUGGAACAACAGCUCUGUUCUAUUCGCUGCUGAAGGUCAGUGUUCUUUGUGGCUUCGUUACAGAUCUUCCUGACGAUUUCACUCGACGUCCCUUGCGUCUCUAAUGGAUAGAGUAGAGGAUUCCUAAUUCAAUUGUUUACAGCUUACGGAUUCUGGUGUCACGUUUAUGCGGUGGGUGGUUUCCUAAUUCAUCAGAGUGAGAGGAACUGACAACAAUUAGUUCGUGAAUUGGUAUCUUGAUUGAUAGAUCAGAGAUUUUGAACCAUUGGGAGAGUAGUAAUGCCAGAGGAGGACCUGGUCGAGCUUAAGUUCCGGCUGUACGAUGGAACCGACAUCGGACCCAUCCGGUAUUCCUCAGCCUCCACUGUUGCCAUGCUCAAGGAAAGAAUCAUUGCCGAAUGGCCGAAAGAUAAAAAAAUUGUACCGAAAGCGGCAAAUGAUGUCAAACUGAUAAGUGCUGGGAAAAUCUUGGAAAACAACAAGACUGUUGGCCAGUGUAGAAUACCCUUUGGUGAGCUUCCAGGAGGAGUCAUCACUAUGCAUGUUGUUGUUCAGCCAUCUCUAGCAAAAACAAAAACAGGUAGAAAAAAGGUUGAUGAUUCCCCUAGGACAAGUGUCUGCAGUUGUUCCAUAUUGUAAAAGAAAUAAUGUGAUUGAUGGGGGCAAAGUUAGCUGCUGAUACUGAGUCCAUUUCCUGGGUCAUGAGUUGCUGGAAAGACACCCUUUGAACAGUGUCUCGACUGGGUGUCAUUAUCGUCGGAAGGAUGUUCAUAUGAUGUUGUUGUAUACAUGGUGGUUGUUUUUGUACAUUGGUAGCUAUUCUCUUAUUUAGUAAGAUUGGAUUGAUAAUAUGUGGCAGGCCAUAUCAUCAUUCCUGGUAUUUUUACAAAUUUAUUUCUUGUUUUUUCUCCUUUAUUAAUUUUUUUUGCGGGUUUGAGGAGGGUGUUAUGUUGGUGUGAAGAGAUGCACAGAGUCUGCCCAUCAUCCUUGUUAAUUUUCUUAUGUCAAUGAAUCAGGAACUGAAGAAGUGCCAUUGAAGUUGAGUGUCAAUUGAUUGUAA